ACAUUCGUUUAAAGCAGUUGCAGAUAAAAUUUCGUACCACGAUUUUCUGUAGUAAAACAUGGAGACAGAAGAAAAACUCAAUGAAGCGUCUAGUUUACUGCAACCCGUUCAAAAUGGCAAAGAAAAAGAAACAGCUACACCCACAGAAGUAGAAGAAGAAGAUAUUAUACAAAAAUGUAUAGGAGUUUUAGGAAGGUGGCAUAUUUGGUUAUGCCUAAUAAUAUUUCUAGUCAAAUUUGGUGUUUCUUGGCACCAACUUAGUAUAGUAUUUCUAGCUCCACCUAUUAAUUUUUAUUGUAUCAAUAAUGCAACAGAAAAAUGUCUGUCCAAUUGUACUCAUUUUCAAUAUGAUACGUCCAUAUUUACUAACACUAUAUCCAUGGAAUGGGAUCUUGUGUGUUCAAAAUCGUAUUUACUCAGCCUUACUCAGACAUUAACAAUGCUGGGAAUCUUAGUUGGAAAUAUGUUAUUUGGAUUUUUGUCUGACAAAUUUGGUAGGAAAUUACCACUUGUUCUAGCUGUUGCUCUUCAAGGAUUCUCCGGUUUAGGUGCAGCUUUUUCGCCAUGGUUUACACUCUUCUUAAUCUUAAAAUUUUUAUCUGCAGUAGCGACAGGGGGUACUAUGAUAACAAGCUUCGUACUCAUCAUGGAGAUAAUCGGUACCGAAUGGAGAACAGUUCUUGGCAUUUUGUACCAAAUACCAUUCAAUUUAGGUCAUCUUCUAAUGCCGCUAUUUAGUUAUUAUCUUCGAAACUGGAGGCAUUUUCAAAUAAUGAUAUCAAUACCUUCGCUUUUUCUGAUCUCAUACAAUUGGAUUCUUCCUGAAUCACCUCGAUGGCAACUAGCAGUUGGCAAAGAAAAACAGGCAAUUGAAACAUUAAAAAAAGCAGCCGAACGGAACAAACUACCAACAGAAAAAAUUGAACACGACGUUAAUCUUUAUUUAGAACACAAACGUCUAAACCAAAAGGAAGAAAUUCAUCAAGGAAAUAUUCUAGACUUGGUACGAACGCCGAUCAUGAGGGUAUAUACCAUAGCAGUUGGAUUUAAUUGGUUUGUAUGCGGUCUAUGCUUCUUCGGAGUGUCUCAGUUUAUCGGCCAACUUGGUGGAAAUAUUUUUGUUAACGUUGCCAUAUCUGCUGUUAUUCAAGUCCCUAGUACAAUAUUUGCAUGUUAUGCAACGAAAGCAUGGGGGCGGAAGAAGAGUUUGUUGAUAGCUAACAUUGUAAGCGGCCUUUCCAUUUUUAUAAUGGGUUUCGUUCCGUCAAAUUUACCCUGGGCCAGAACCAUGCUGUCCUCAAUUGGUAUGUUUGGCCUAGCUUUAUCGUUUCCAACUGUCUACAUUUAUUCCGGAGAAUUGUUUCCAACUGUAGUAAGAAAUAUUGGCGUUGGAACAUCAUCCAUGUGUGCCAGAAUUGGCUCGAUGAUAGCACCGUUUGUAGCAACUUUGGGAAAUGUCGAACCGUGGAUCCCGCCUGUAAUUUUUGGCAUAGUACCUUUAAUUGGAGCGAUCUUGUGUCUUAAACUCCCAGAAACGUUAGACUGUAAACUUCCCGAUACAAUAGAAGAGGCUGAAGCCUUAAAUUCAAGCAAACAUAAACCAUCUAGUGAAUCUUAAUUAUUAAUAGAUAUAGUGAAAAAUACUAAAUGUAUAUGCAAACUGAACUGUAAUAUUUACAUAUAAUUUAAAUAUAUGUCUUGAUAAUGUAUAAAAAUAAGAAUAAAUAAAUUAUUGUGAGAGUCUAAACAGAAAACUUUUUC